AAUAAUUUAAGUCUCUACAUAGCCAAAAAUUACCCCCGAAAAUCCGUACAGCUUUCUUCACUUCAAUUUUGUAAUUGGCUCCGGUUGCUACAUCCAUCUCCUUUUAAAACUUGACCUCAUAACAUGAAGAUCAUUGCAACGGACAAAAGCGAGCCAGUCGGAGCAGAAAACAGCACACCUCAUAGCCCUCCCUUUCUUGCUUCUGCAAUUUUCCUCACUCAUUCUCACAACCUCACCUUCGACUUUUCCUUCCCUUUUGGCUUCUGCUGCUACAGAUCUGCUGCUGCUACUGCUACAAAUCUGCUACUGUUGCUGCUACAAAUCUGCUGCUGCUGCUGCUAUAGAUAUGCUGCUGCUGUUGCUACAGAUCUGUUGCUGUUGCUACAGAUCUGCUGCUACUGCUAUAGAUCUGCUAUUGAAACUGCUGUUGAUCUGCUGCUGGAGCCUGGAGUUGUUGUCAAUCUGCUGCUGAAGCCUAGAGUUGCUGUCGAAGCUGCAAUAUCCCAUCAUCCUCACUCACUAUAUGUUUGAUGCACGCCUCAUUAAUUUUUACUUAUGUUUGAUGUAAAAAAUAUGUAUUUUGAUG